GCCAUCGAACAUUGUUCAUUGGAGUUCAUGUGCCACUGGGUGGAAGAAAAAGUCACCGACGCCAUAGGCACCGUGGACAUAAACACAGAAAGAGAGACAGAGAGCGAGAUUCAGGAUUAGAAGAUGGGAGAGAGUCUCCUCCUUUUGAUACCCCAUCACAAAGGGUGCAGUUUAUUCUUGGAACAGAAGAUGAUGACGAGGAACACAUACCUCAUGAUCUGUUUACUGAGCUUGAUGAAAUUUGUUGGCGUGAAGGAGAGGAUGCGGAGUGGAGGGAGACAGCAAGGUGGUUGAAGUUUGAAGAAGAUGUAGAGGACGGUGGAGAGAGGUGGAGCAAACCAUAUGUUGCCACACUGUCACUUCAUAGCUUGUUUGAGCUGAGAAGCUGUAUCCUGAAUGGCACAGUUCUGUUGGACAUGAGAGCUAAUUCCAUAGAAGAAAUUGCAGAUAUGAUUCUGGACCAGCAGGUGGGUUCUGGGCAGCUCAGUGAGGAUGUUCGUCACAGAGUGCAUGAGGCAUUACUGAAACAGCAUCACCAUCAGAACCAAAAGAAGCUGAGCAACAGGAUCCCAAUUGUGAGAUCCUUUGCUGAUAUUGGAAAGAAGCAGUCUGAGCCCCAUUCCAUGGAUAAAAAUGCAGGUCAGAUUGUUUCCCCACAGUCUGCUCCAGCCUGUAUUGAAAACAAAAAUGACGUGAGCAGAGAGAACAGCACUGUUGACUUUAGCAAGGUUGACCUACACUUCAUGAAAAAGAUACCACCUGGAGCUGAAGCAUCAAACAUCUUAGUUGGUGAACUAGAGUUCCUGGACCGUGCAGUUGUUGCUUUUGUUAGGUUAUCUCCUGCAGUGCUGCUUACGGGACUAGCUGAAGUUCCGAUUCCAACAAGAUUUCUGUUUGUUCUUCUUGGACCACUGGGUAAAGGGCAACAAUACCAUGAGAUUGGAAGAUCAAUUGCAACGCUAAUGACAGAUGAGGUGUUCCAUGAUGUUGCUUACAAAGCAAAAGACCGCAAUGACUUGGUGUCUGGAAUUGAUGAAUUUCUUGAUCAGGUUACUGUUCUGCCUCCUGGAGAGUGGGACCCAACAAUUCGAAUAGAACCACCGAAAAAUGUUCCCUCUCAGGAGAAGCGUAAGAUCCCAGGAGUGCCAAAUGGAACUGCAGCCCAUGGGGACACAGAACAACCUGGAGGACACUCUGGACCAGAACUGCAACGCACUGGAAAAUUUUUUGGAGGAUUGAUUUUAGAUAUAAAAAGAAAAGCUCCCUUCUUCUGGAGUGACUUCAGGGACGCUCUCAGUCUGCAGUGUCUGGCAUCAUUUUUGUUUCUGUACUGUGCUUGCAUGUCUCCUGUCAUCACAUUUGGUGGUCUUCUGGGAGAAGCAACUGAAGGUCGUAUAAGUGCAAUAGAAUCACUGUUUGGAGCAUCCAUGACUGGAAUUGCCUACUCUCUCUUUGGUGGACAGCCUCUCACUAUACUUGGCAGCACAGGACCAGUUUUAGUGUUUGAGAAGAUCUUAUUCAAAUUUUGCAAAGAGUAUGGGUUGUCGUACCUUUCUCUGAGAGCUAGCAUUGGACUGUGGACUGCAAUCCUGUGCAUCAUCCUUGUUGCAACUGAUGCAAGCUCCCUAGUCUGCUACAUUACCCGGUUUACUGAAGAAGCUUUUGCGUCUCUUAUCUGCAUCAUUUUCAUUUAUGAGGCCUUAGAGAAGCUGUUUCAUCUCAGUGAGACAUAUCCAAUCAACAUGCAUAAUGAUUUGGAUCUGCUGACAAAGUACUCGUGCAAUUGUGUGGAACCAGAACAUCCUAGCAAUAAAACCUUACGAUACUGGCAGGACUACAAUAUAUCUGCAUCUGAUGUACCAUGGGGGAACCUAACUGUGUCAGAAUGUAAAAAGUUACAUGGAGAGUUUGUUGGACGAGCCUGUGGUCAUCAUGGCCCUUAUGUUCCAGAUGUCCUCUUUUGGUCUGUCAUCUUAUUCUUUUCUACAGUAACACUGUCAUCCACACUGAAGCAGUUCAAAACUAGCCGAUACUUCCCAACAAAGGUACGAUCUGUUGUCAGCGAUUUUGCUGUCUUUCUCACUAUUUUGUCCAUGGUUUUAAUUGACUAUGCCAUUGGGAUUCCAUCACCAAAACUUCAGGUUCCAAAUGCUUUUAAGCCCACCAGAGAUGAUCGUGGCUGGUUUAUUACUCCUUUGGGGCCUAAUCCUUGGUGGACAGUGAUAGCUGCUGUAAUUCCAGCCCUGCUUUGUACUAUCCUUAUCUUUAUGGACCAGCAGAUCACAGCUGUCAUUAUCAAUAGAAAAGAACACAAACUAAAGAAAGGAUGUGGAUACCAUCUUGACCUACUCAUGGUGGCAGUCAUGCUUGGAGUGUGCUCUAUUAUGGGAUUGCCGUGGUUUGUUGCAGCCACUGUCCUCUCUAUUUCCCAUGUGAAUAGCUUAAAACUGGAAUCAGAGUGCUCCGCUCCAGGGGAGCAGCCAAAAUUUCUUGGAAUCCGGGAGCAAAGAGUCACAGGGCUCAUGAUUUUUAUCCUUAUGGGCUCAUCUGUCUUUUUGACAAGUAUCCUGAAGUUUAUUCCUAUGCCAGUACUUUAUGGAGUAUUUCUUUACAUGGGUGCUUCAUCUCUAAAGGGAAUUCAGCUUUUUGACAGGAUAAAGUUAUUCUGGAUGCCUGCAAAGCAUCAGCCAGAUUUUAUUUAUCUGAGGCAUGUUCCUCUUAGAAAGGUCCAUCUCUUCACUGUAAUUCAGCUGAGUUGUCUUGUGCUUCUGUGGAUUAUAAAGGUUUCAAGAGCUGCCAUUGUCUUUCCUAUGAUGGUCCUAGCUUUGGUAUUUGUCCGAAAACUCAUGGAUUUCUUUUUUACUAAGCGGGAGCUCAGCUGGUUAGAUGAUUUGAUGCCCGAGAGCAAGAAAAAGAAACUGGAGGAUGCUGAGAAAGAGGAAGAGCAAAGUAUGUUAGCAAUGGAAGAGGAAGGGACUGUUCAGUUACCACUAGAAGGACAUUACAGAGAUGACCCAUCUGUGAUAAACAUUUCUGAUGAAAUGGCAAAAACUGCUGUGUGGAAGACAUUGUUGAUAUCCUCAGAGAAUGCAAAAGAUAAGGAGUCAAGCUUUCCUUCUAAAAGUGCCGAAAUCAGAAAAGAGAAGAAAGCUGACUCAGGGAAAGGUGUUGACCGGGAGACUUGUCUAUGACUUGUUCUUCAAUUAAUUUUUUUACAAACAAAUGAAAGGAGUGCCACAACCACUAAAUAUAAAUAAUUUGACCUUGUAACUUUUGUCUUUCAUCUCAAACUAGCACAGGUAAUGUAGUGCAAUAUUUGUCUCAUUUCACCUUGUCUACAUGUCUGCAUUGUCUGUUACCUGUGUAAAAGUCUGCAGUAGCCAAUGCAAAAAAUCUUCAUGUUCUUUGCUGGUAUUGGCCAUUUAUCAGUAUUCAUAUCAUAAAUUUAACAAGCAAAGUUUCUUUCAAAUUCAACUUUCCUGUUAAUAGGUUUGUACUGUAUUUUGCUACUUUUUCUG